AUGUGUGACCAGGACCCAUCAACCCCCUUUUGCACUCCCCAAGACGGCGCAUCCUUCCAAAUCGGAACAGCCAUCCAAGUAACCUGGUCCCCCGAUUUCUUCACCCUCUCCAACCCCCCGGGCCCAGCACCCCCCCAAAUCUUCCUCCAAGUCGACUUCCCCCUCACUACUCCCGGAGCGCCCUCAACAAUAGGCUUCACCUCCCCAGCCCUCGACCUCACAGCCGGCUCCUUCACCUGGCCCAUCCUCGAUACCUAUCUCCCGAUUCCCAGCUCUACUGCUACAACCAACACCACAACAACGAUAACAGCAACCCUUUCCCUCGCCGUACCUCUCUCUCAGAACCCUGCAAACGGGACUUUUGUACGGAUUGGCUCGGGGACGAUGCGUUUCCCAGGACCGAGCGUGAUACUUUUCCGCGAGGGAGAAAGCCCCCCUUCGGGAGAGAGUAGCAGUAUGGCCGGCGAUAUGGCUGGCAAUAUGGAUGGAACAAAUCCCUUUGCAACACCACAGCGGCCGCAACAACAGAUGAACACAGCACCAGGCAUGGUAAACCCCCUUGCUGUAGCACUACCUACCACUCUGGCGGUGCUUACUGCGAUCGGAAUGGUGGUUUACUACAUCGUUGUUCGACGUCGUCGUCAAGGGUACGGGGUACGGCUCUGGCCGUUCGGUGCUAAGAAUAAGACCAAUAACGCUCGUGGCCAAACAGGGGAGGUGGGUACGUUUGGUAUUGGUAAUAUGGGUAAUAAUGGGAAGCUGGGGAAGGGAUCGGCUGGGGUGAGAUUGGGGGGGAAGAGAGUGGAGAUUAGGGUUGUGCAGACGGAUGUUGAGGGGUUGAGGGGGAAUGCGGAGAGGUGGUUUGCUGGUGGGGGGGUUGGUGAGGAGGGUGGAGGUGAGGGGAAUGUGUUUAGGGAGGAGGUGAGGAGGCAGGAGAGGGAGAGGUUUUAG